AUGAAUUCAAAAAUUAAAGGAAUAACGGAUGAUAUAACAUCAAUUCCACCAGAAGAACAGAGAUAUUACGCAUUAAAUGCAUUUCCUAAAGUUUUGAAGAUUGGAAGAUUUAAUUUAAAUGAGGAAUUCAUAGAAGGUUUCCUAAAUGACAUAAUGAAGAAGGUGGAUAAGGAAUAUGUGGAUAGUGAGUUAAUGAAGAAAGCAGAUAAGGAAUACGUUAAUACUGAAUUAAAUAAGAAGGCAAAUUUGGUUUAUGUUGAUGAAAAAGAUAAUGAAAUUAAAGAAAAGGUUGAAUGGUAUCAUGAAUGGACAUUGGAGACUUUUAAAGUUAAAGCUGAUACAGAAUGGGUUUCAGGAUGUUUAGACCUUAAAGCAGAUAAAACUUAUGUUAACGAUGAGUUAGAGAAGAAAGCAGAUAAAACAUAUGUUAACGAUGAGUUAGAGAAGAAAGCAGAUAAGGAAAAAGUUAUUUCAUUCAUUAAUACUGAGUUAGCAAAGAAAGCUGAUAUAUCAUUUUUUAAUGAAGAAAUAAAACAAUCAGAGGUCUAUUUUACUCCACCAUUUUUAAAUUUUAUGAAAUCAUCAGAUAAAACCUUUGAUAUAGAUUCUUUUGAAUGGAUAUGUUAUGAUGGAGUGACCAUGUAUUUAUUUUAUACAGCUGGAGUGCUUUAUUAUUUUAAAACAAAUGAUUUUAAAAACUAUGAAUCAUUUAUUCCAUCUGUUUGGAAUCCUGAUACACGAAAGCCAAUCAUUAAUCCAAGAAUUUUAUAUGUUGAAUAUAAUAACGGUAAAUUUAUGGGAAUGAUAACGGUUGGAGAUGAUUUUUGCCCUUGUUAUUCAUUCGAUUGUAUCCAAUGGUUUAAAUGUAAUUUAAAUCAAGAUGCUAAAUUUAAAUAUCCAAAUAAUCCUAUUAGAUGCGUUAAUAAUAAAUGGGUACUAAUUUAUGAAGUCAAUCAAAUUUUCAUUAGUGAGGAUGGGAUAAAUUAUUAUAU